AUGUCUGUCGCCGCUACUUUGGGUCCACGCAGCCUUAUCCAGCUGGGCAUAUCACUAACUGACAUUGCCCAAAUCUACAAGAUCGGGAAAAAGAUUGGAAACUGGAUCAUGAUCAGGAGCAAUGACCAAGAUCUCUUUGAGACGUUGCUGGAAGACCCCGAGGCCCUGCUUAAGCGCAAGGGACUCAUUGAACCAGCUCGCAUGGAAUCCAUGUUUCCACAUGCCAAGUUCAUCUACGAUGGGGACAAGCAGGAUUCCUCAAAAAAAGAUGUCAAGAUUGAGCAUGGUGAACUGAGACCAUUUUCGUGGCUCAUGGUCGUCAUUGUCCGUGGUAUAUAUACGGAAUCUCUCGCCGCCUUUCGCAAAGUGUGGAAAGACAAAGUUGGCGUCGAUGCGUAUCCGGAGCUGAACCCAGCAGAGAAGAACGAGAUGGCCGAGUUUCUCUUAUGCCUCAUGGGAAAUACAUCUGUAAGCUUUACAUGCUUCUCGCUGGCGACCUAUUCCGUCGCUCGGGCUCUCGAAAAAUGCAAGGUCUUCAUCUCGACUAAGGAGAAAAGGAGUUUUGAGGGGCAGCUACUUGUCACAUACGUGUCUGACCGUCCUCAUACUGCUCACGGAGAUGGGCCCUGCUGUAUGAGACUCAGGGCUACAGAAAGCCGAGCUCAGAUUGUGUCAUUUCCCUUGGACAAUCCCAUGAGUAUGGUGCAAGCCACUCGGGCAGAGAGACAUAUUACUAAUCAAAUGGAGUCUUUCUGGGAUACCGGAGCUAGAGCAGCAAAAGACAUCACCUUCGUUUGCACGGCCGAGUAUCCCUACAGCACCAAAAACGAGGUUCAGUAUAGCCUUGGCGAAUUUUCGAAUGCCUGUGCUCUGAGAUUCGACCCAUACCUCAUGGCCAUGGCUGGCAAGGCCUUUCCGCUGAUCAACCAAAGUAUCCUCAAGGGCCUGGAAGAUUUGGUGAAGGGGUACGACGGGAUUGCCAAGGCUUGGCUUGAGACUCACGCGGGACUUGAGUACCUACUCAAGAGUCAAACAGAAUCUCCAGAUGGUGAUCAGAAACUAAUGGGUUUGUGGCUUUGUUACCAAGCUUUCGUGUUUGGAUUCUACUACAGACUCCUCGAACCUUUGACUUCCCACGAGCUCGUAUCUAACACCCCUGCGUACUUCUGCGGCCUUUGGGGGCAUGGUAGCACAACAUUCCUGGCCAUGUGUUCACAAUUUGGCAAAGAGUUGAAGACGAACAACAAGGUUGGCCGCACGCAUGUCCUGUACAUGCUUGCUACAAUGUACGCUGGACGAAACAAGACGUUCUUGCCCGACAGUUCACGUAUAAAUCUCGUCGGUGUACUCGGGUCUACCUCCAUACUUACGAGGACACUCCUUCGACCAUCAGACAACCCAGAGGAUCUAGGAAAGUUCUUCCUUUUGGACCUGCCUGCCAUUCAUCUUGCGCCCAAUGAAGAAGGCGAGCUCUACGCAGCGGCUGGGCAUGGUCUCGAGUAUCGACUCUGCGAAGCUAGAAGACGCGACGUGGAAGCGACAGGCCCUAGCGAGAAAUGGACUGUAUACUCAAGCAUGAGUACAGCAUUCCGUGAAGGCAACCACGGGGUAGUUAUGGCGGCUCGUUGCGGAGAGCGUCUCGUUGGGUGUUUCAGUCCCGCAGCUGCAGAUGCUAUCUUUCUGAGUGAAGCAUACUGCCACAGGAGGCAUGAGAAUGAUGAAGAAAUCAAUCUUAUGGCUUCGUCAGUAAGUUUUGAAAUUUCUGACAAGGAUUGGCAGGACGGAUGUGUCAAGAGAGUUGGAGGAGAUGAGGAUGAAACGUUUGGGUUAGUUCAUUCUCGGGGAUGCCCGCCGAUGAGAUAUGCUACUGCUGGCUUUUAUGGAGAGAUUGGAGAGGAACUUGCCAUUUCCACAGAUGAUAUAGAUAUUGCAAUUGGAAGAGUUCAGUUGGCAAACUGUGGCAUUGUAAUUGCUUAG